CCGGCCCUUUAAGACGCAGCGGCGGGUCAGCAAGUAGUGUAGUGUUUCUCUAAUUGAACUUCGCCCAAUCAACAAUAACUCGUUAGCAGUCGCUUUCUUUUUCUAGGUGCCCGAGGAAGCUUUUUUCCCCUUGCAGGGAUUCGCCCCCCUCCAGUCUGUUACUUUCUAAAGAUCUACAUGGAGCUUGGCAAAGGAACCGCGGCUCUCUGAGGGGAAUACAGUCCGGCUGCCUUUACAUCUACGCCCGAAGCAUGGUUAUUUUGGAGGAAAGCUCUCAGGCGAGCUAAGUUGCAGCAUUCGGCUUCAAGUGUCAAAAUAUUGUGGAGGGCUACGAGAACGCUGAGAGGAAGAGGGGGAGACUUUUGGACGCUUUUCAUCGACCAUUUGAAUGAAAUAAUCAACUUUUCCUGAAAGCAGCGGCGAUUCUUCGGGACUGCGAUGACCUCCAGUAAAGACAUGAAGGCAGGUUCUGUGUUGCAGUCCAGCGGCGAGGAGAGGAGACGGGCUCCCUUGGAUCAGCUCCCGCCGCCGGCCAACUCCAACAAACCGCUAACGCCGUUCAGUAUUGAGGAUAUCCUUAACAAACCCUCGGUCAAAAAGUCGGUGGCUAGUAUCUGCCCGCCGAGAGUGCUGGAGAAAGUGACGGGCUCUAACUCGGCGAGGAACGGGAUCACCACUCCGUCGUCGCCGCUGUGCGCGCUGGAGGAGCUGGCCAGCAAAACGUUCAAGGGUCUGGAAGUCAGCGUUAUCCAAGCAGCAGAAGGUCGCGAACACGUAAACGCAUUCGGGCAGAGGCAGACGUCGAAGAAGAGGAGAAAGUCGCGGACGGCCUUCACGAACCACCAGAUUUACGAACUGGAGAAGAGGUUUUUGUACCAGAAGUACCUUUCUCCGGCCGACCGUGACCAAAUCGCGCAGCAGCUGGGACUCUCCAACGCGCAGGUCAUCACCUGGUUUCAGAACCGCAGGGCCAAACUCAAGAGGGACCUGGAGGAGAUGAAAGCGGACGUGGAGUCGCUAAAGAAAAUCACCCCACAGACCCUGCAGAAGCUCGUCACCAUGGAAAACAUUGACGAUGCCCAGGGCGGGGGCCCCGAGGCCAGAUCGCCCAGUAUCUCCCCGACCUCUCAAGGACACCGAGCGUUCCCACAGUCCCCCUCCUCGUCAAGAGACCAAACCACGGAUGAAUUCUCGGAGGACGACGAGGAAAUCGAGGUGGACGAUUGACAGUCACUGGGCCUGUGAUUUUCAUAAGCAACAACAACAACAACAACAAAAGAAUAUUAAAAAAAAAAAAAAAAAAAAAAAAAAAUGGGACAUUUUUCUUCCCAAACUUUUGCACGGAUAUUGACAAAAGGAGAGUAUAUACAUAUAUUAACAUUUCAGGAAAGUUUUUUUUCCUCCUGUUUUUAUUUUUCGCCUCCAUUUUAAUUUAUUAUUCGGACUUGUAAAGCCCUCCAAGUCUGUCGUUUAGGUUUCCACCCCAAUGCUUGAGGAAUAUCUGAUUUCCUUGCAGACAGACAUAACUGUUAAGGUACAGGAAGACUGAAAAUUGUGCAAACAUUUUAUUACACAUUUUAAUAUUUCACGUCUGGUUUUUAAGGGGGGAUGGAAAAAGUUGUGCAAUCAUUUCUCUUAUUCGUAUUCUUCUGUUAAAAGGAACCAGAUCUGCCAAAUAUUUAAACCAUGCCCCUCUCUCUCUCUCUUUUUAAUUUUUAUUUUUUUUUGGAAACAUACACAUCCCGGGGUCAAUGUGUCACUCCAUCCCACCUUAAGACUUGCUUUGUCCCACUAAGAAAGAGGUCUCUCUGCAGAGCAUGCAGGCCUAUUCGCAGCGCAGAGAAGGCUUCACUAUUGUAGUGUCGACUGCGAGCUUUGACGCGCUCUGAGUUCUGUAUAUAGAUCAAACAUCCUAUGCGAUAAUUUUAUUGUAACAUUCUAUUUAAUCAGCAUCUAUGUAAAUAAAGGUUAUAUGAUAUUUCAAGGA